AUGCGGUCAAGACGCCUCUCGUUGCUGCCGGGACGCCUGUUGCGUCGUCCGUUGAAGGUGGCAAUUUCAGUGCCCACCGCGCCGAAUACCGCCACCGCCCACGCAAACAGCAGCACCUGCUCGUCUGCGCUAGGCGGCUGGCAAACUCGUCGGCACUACGUCACCUGUUACACCCCCGUCUUACUGCGGCCGCUCUCCAGUGGACGCGCCUCUCAUUACCGUCCCUUCUCUAGCGACGACGAAGCCGCGUUGGCCUCGGUGCUGUCCAGCAAGCCGCGCCACGUCGCGCGACAUAUUCGUCAGUCCAUGCUGCACUCCCGCCGCCGCAUCGCGCAAUUUCGUAACGCGGUAACCUACCUGAUGAUCUCGCUCCAGUCGAAGCUGCAACGCAAGGAGGUCAGCCCGGCCGACGCCACGGCGAUCAUGGAAAGUCUCAUGAAGGAGUGUGUGGAGUUGCGACAGGGUGACAUGGCCCACCUACUCUUUCGCGCCUCCAUUCGCUUUCGCAAGUACGGGCUGACGCUCGGCUUCCCUUUUGUCCGGUACCUCUUUGAGUCCUACAAGCGCGAGAACGCGAAGGAGCUGAUGCGGGGGAUGGCGGAAGAACUGAAAGCGAACGAGGAGAUGAGGGUGCUCGCCGUGCUGGCGUAUCAGUUCAGCGGUCAGCACGAGGAGAGCGUGGCACUGUGGGCUCAGAUCCCGCCAGAUAAGCUGACCACUGGGGACUACUGCGCGCUGCUAGAGAGUCUCGGCAUGACCGGGCGGUACGACGACGUGGUGCAGGUUACCCAGGGCGCUGUCGACGACGUCAUUGCACGGCGGCGCAGCGAGGUGGACUUGAACACGGUUGUGUCCUGCGCUGUCAUCGCCAGCCGCGGCAGCACGUCGGCCUUGCGCACCAUGAUUCACCUCGCACGAGACAAGGAGUUCACGCUGUCGGACGCUGCGGUGGGUGCGGUGGUGCGUUCGCGUCUGCAAUCCGCCGCGGUUACGUCCAUCGCGGCGGUGUACCGAGUCGAGUCGGAGGUGUGCGCUGAGCUGAACCGCACUACUCUCGGCAUGGUGGGCGAGUCCGCCGUCAUCGCGAAGUGCAGCGAGAUGCUGGCCCGUACCCACGACAGCGGAGAUGAGGUGAUGCUGGGCAAAGUGAUGCACCUGCGCCGCGUCGUCGAGGACGCAGCCGCCAAUGACACGUUAGACGACCUCGAUCCCCUCUUCGUGGUUUCCCUACUUCGUGGGUUGGGUGUGCUGGGCCGCUUUGAUGACAUGCGCAAGUGCUUCGAUGCGCUCGACUCUGCCGGCGCGGUGAAGGAUCAGAAGCUCUAUGACGAGAUGCUUCGCUGGUACGCACAUUCCUACAAUUUAAAAGAGGUCAUCGCCCUGAAGGAGGAGAUGACGCGAAAGGAGAUAUACCACACAUCGAAAACCUACCUCAACGUGUUUCGCGUACUGGGCCGGUACUACCCUCGACUGGUGGAGAAGUACCUUGCCGAGAUGCGGGCGCGCGGCAUGCAGGUGGAUGGCGCUAUGUACCCGACGCUGGUCCGCGUGUUUAACGCGCUCAACGACACGGCUACGGUCGAGCACCUGUACCGUGAGGCGAAGCAGAAAGCGGCCACCGGCGCCACUCAGAACAUGAGCGCGAUGCUCGUGAUACAGAUGCUCCGCUGCUUUCCGAAAGACUUUCGCCGGUGCGAGGCAGUCGUGCGCGACGCGGAGCAGUACGGUCUGUUGGCAAACGAAGCCGUGCAAGCGGAGGUGCUAAAUUUGUACGCGCUGAACGAGCGGCCGGACGCGAUGAGGGCGUUCUUGGCACGGCUGCCGCGCAAGAACGCCAAUGUGUACCGCGUCUUGCUGCGUAAUGCGGCACAGCACCACAACCGAGCGCAAUUUAACAGCGUGCUCGCCGAGAUGGAGGCGAACCUCGUGCCGCUGAACGAGCGCCUGUUCAGCGUCAUUGUCACCUCGCUCGCAUUUUUCCACGACACGGCGGGCGUGGAGGCGUAUGUGCACAAAGCCGUCACGAGCAACGAAAUCCACACCUCCAUGUUCUUCGCCGACGCCGCCUCUGCGUUUGCGCGGCUGGGCAAGGUGAACGAGGUGGACCAGUGCUGGAGUGAUCUGCUAGAGAGCAAGAUGGCCGUCACGAUGCCGGUGUACAACCGCUUCCUCGACGUUUACAUGAGUCUCAACAACAUGGCGAAGGUGCAGGAUAUUUUGGACACCAUGAUGAAGCUUGUGCCGCCGAAUCCAGUGACGGCGACGACGGUGGUGGACAUGCUGGGUAAAAUGGGGCGUCUGACGGAGAUGGAGGCCAUUCUGGACGAGAUGUCCAAGUCCACCAACGCUGUCCCUACCCUCGUCACCUACCACCAAGCGAUGAACGCGUACGCGAAGUGCGGUGACGUGACCAAGAUGGAAUCGAUUCGAGAAAAGCUGAAGCACGAGGGCUUCCAAGAAAAUGCGGUCACGUACAAUAUAUUGUUCGAGGGAUACGGCCGCGCAAAGCGUUUCGAGCACCUGCAGGAGCUGGUGCACGAGCGGAAAGAGCGGCAGAUCGCGAUGGAGGAGUUUGGCUAUGUGGUACUGCUGAACACGUACGCUCGAGGCCGCAUGUCGGACGAGGCGGAGGCACUCGUGCAGGAGAUGGUCAGCAGCAGUACGGUGAUCCUCACCAGUCGCUUGCUGUGCACCGUCGCGUCCACGUUCAGUCGCGUCGGCAACGUUGUCGAGAUGGAGAAGUACAUUGCGUUGCUGCUCGCCCACCCGGAGUGCUGUCAGCGGGAUGUCGAAGCAGUCUACCGCAUCUACGCACGUUUGCGGGACACGGUCAAGCUGCAGGCGUUGCUGGACAACGCGACACUGCCGAAGAGCGCCCACGUCUACAACACAUGUGUCAGCGCGUUUGCGCGCGCUGGUGAGCACGCGAAGGUGGCGGUUCUCUUGACUGAGAUGGAGAAGCAGGGCAUGGCUCUCAGCCGCAGCACCAGCGUUGUACUGAGUAGUCUGCUGCUGAAAGCAGGAAAGCUGGAGCUGGCGCAGAUGGUGCUGAAGUGGAACGAUCUCUCUCCGGCGGAGGUGGGCGUGGACGUCACCCGUGGAGCCGCCGCAGUAGCAGCGGCAGAUGAGAGGUCUGGUAACACAGGCGUACUCGCGGGCAGCAGGGAAGACGACGAACCGGACGAUGCGGAAUUCUUGCUCAACGACAUGCAGCACCACAUUACUGGGGCAGACGAGAUGGAGUCGGAUGACGAGGAUAUGGUUCUGAAGGGUUAG